CAGCGGAGAGAGCGCGGCAACUGUGGCAGGCAAUUCAUUAGGCAUCUCCGAGUUGGGGGGAGGGAAGACGAGAGCGAGAGAAGGGAGGAAGGCGGCGGGGGGGAAGGAAGAAGGAAGAGGAGGAGAGGAUCACACAGGUGGAAGACAUGGGAGGAGGAGAGAUGGGCGACGUGGUGGUGAAUUUCAUCGUGCACGGAGGUGGGGAGAAGAAGAGAAGUGUGCAGAGCGAACAAGCAAGAGGCAGGAUGGGAGGAGUGGUGGUGAAUUUUCUCUUACGUGGUGGAGAUUGGGAGAGUAGGGGGCGCAAAAAACGGCGCAAAAGAGUAGCAGGCGGGAUCGGCGGAGUGGCGGUGAACUUCCACGCGCACAGGCAUCCGCAUGCCUCGACGAGCACGAUUCUGAAUGACGACAACAACAACUCGAGAGGAGGAAGGCAGGUAGAGAGGUCGGCGGAGGAGAGGAAAAGGAAAAGAGAGAGGAGGUGGAGGAGAAGCAAGAGCUCAAGGGAGAGCGCAGGAAGCGAGAGAGAGAGAGACCAUCUCUCUGAGAGUGACGCAGACGCAGCAGAGUCGCCUCACGACCGUCGUUCUUCCCCCCUACGUCGACGUUGUACGCGCCGUCAGCAUGUCGAUGAUGAUUCUGAUUGCGUGAGAUUGAGGAAAGCCAAGACCAGGAGAGUUAGCAUCGGCACAGAGAGAGAGCGAGAGAGAGAGCGAGAGAGAGAGCGAGAGAGAGAGGAGGUCUCAGAGAGUGACGGAGAUGACACGCAUCAUCGGCAUAGUACGAGAGACGAUGGUGAUUACAGAAGACGUGCGAGGAAAAUCAAGCGGUGGAGAGAGAUCGCUCGUAGAGGAGGAGAGAGAGAAAGAGAGCGCGCCUCCAAGUAUAAUAAGUGUGAUCGGGCAUGUAAUCAGCAUGAGGAUGACGGCAAUGACGCGAGUGGAACAACAAGUAAGAGAAUGGAGAGAGAGAGCAGUGGCAAGGACAGGAGGCGAAGGAAAAACAAGCACAGGUUACAGAACACAAGCAGGGAGAGAGAGAGAGAGGGCGACUCAGAGAGCAAGCGAGAUCGGGCAUGUCGUCAGUAUAAGGGUGAUUCCAAUGGCGUGAGCAGAGCAACGAGGAAGAGAUGCCAGAGAGAAAGCACCGGCGAAGACAGCGAAAGAGAGGUAGUCUCGCGCAAGCACCAGCUGUCGAAGACAGCGAAAGCGAGAGGCGGGAAAGACAAGCAAAGAGAGGACAUUGUCGAGAGCGACGAGGACGUCUUUCGCCGGAGUGACGGCUCAGACAAUGAUGACGAGGACGGCUUAAAGAAUAAUGAUGACGGCUUAAAGAAUGAUGAUGACGGCUUGGAGGGGGACGAAGACGAGGGGGGCUUGGAGGGGGGGGUGGAAAGGGAAGAGGACGAGGACGAGGGGGGCUUGGAGGGGGACGGGGGGGGCUUGGAGGGGGACGAGGAGGCCUUAGAGAGUGACGAGGACAAUUUAGGGAAUGACGAGAGUGAAGAGGGCAAUUUAGAAAAUGACGAGGAGAACUUGAGGAGUGACGAUGACACGGAGCACGCCUUGGAGAGUGAUAAGGAGGACGCCUUAGAAAGUGACGAGGAUGACUUAGAGAAUGACGAGGGCAAUUUGGAGAAUGAGGAGAAUGACGAGGACAGCGUAGAGAAUGACAAGGGCGCCUUUUUAGAAAGUGACGAGGAUGACUUAGGGAAUGACGAUAACGACAAAGAUAGCGAGGAGAAUGAGGAGAGUAACGAAGAUGGGGUGGAGAAUGAUGAUGACAAGGAGGACAGCGUAGAGAAUGACGAUGAUAAGGAGGAGGACAGCGUAGAGAGUGAUGAGGAGGGCUUAUUAGAGAAUGAUGAUGAGGAUGAUGAUGCAGAGAGUGACAAGACGACGGGGGGGGGGGAUCGUAAGAAAAUCGACGAGGAUGAUCUUUGGAAUGCGAUUGCGGAUUACAAGAGUGAGGGAGAGAGUGCAGAUGGAGGGGGAGGAGGUGCGCAAGGGGAGAGCGCGAACGGAAGAAAGAGCACAGUCAACAAAGACGUAAAAAAAGAGGAGGGUGUGUUAGAGAGGUCCAGAGAGUCGGCGGGCGGAGAGGGAGAAGAAGCGCACGGCAAUAGCGGGAACGGGAGGGAGAGCACAGUCCAAAGAGACAUUAAGAUAGAGAAUGUUGAUUUGGCGACUUGCGGAGAGUGGGUGCAUUGUAAGAUCACUCCCAAUUGUAUUGUUGAUUUUCGGGGUAUUCUUAGGGACAGCGGGGGACGGACAACAAGCAAGAUAGAGAGAGAGAAAGAAGGUAGAGAUGAAGUAAAAGUGAAGGCAGAGAGCGGGAACGGGAGAGAGACGGCAGGCAAAGACAGCGAAAGAGAGAGAGCAGGCAAAGACAGCGAAAGAGAGCGAGCAGGUAAAGACAGCGGGAGAGGCAAAGCAACCAAAGACAGCGAAAGAGAGAAAACAGGCAAAGGAAGCGGGAGUAACAGAGCAGGCAAAGAGAGUGGGAGAGAGAGAGCAGGUAAAGACAGCGAAAGAGAGGGUGUGCUAGCCAUUGGCGGAGAGAGGGCGGCGCAACGGAAGAGUCAGCCAGAGCUUACUGAUGGGGAGGGGAACCCCCCUCUUCGCAAUAGCGCUGGACGGGUCGGAAGCAGGAGCGGGAGGGAGAGAGUAGGAGGUAGAGAGGGAGGAGGAGGAGGAAACCCGCAGGCGGAGAGCGGGAGUGGGAGAGAGAGUGUAGGUAGAGAGGGAGGAAGGGGGGCUGCUGGUUUAGAGAGUGGCAAGGGGAGGGUGCCUUCAAAGAGUGACUCGAAUCGUCUUAAGAUUUGGAAUUGUCUGCGGGAUUUUGCUGAACGGAACGCAAAAGAUGCUGAACUGAUCGAGAAAGAUCUUUGUCGCGCUGAACUGAGGGCGGAAGAUUUUCGUCGCAGGUUUUUUGCUGGGCGGACGACAAGCAAGAAGAGCGAGGGAGAGAGUGCAGGUCUUCUUCGCAUUCAGAGUUGUGCGGGACUCACGACAAGCAGGAGUGCAGGGAGUGAGGGAGAAAGGGGUGCUGCUGCACAUUUACCACCACCUCUACCACCUCCUUCUCCUCCUCCUCAUGCAGUUAAAGCUCGCCCUAAAAGACAGACCCAAGGCGUUGAUAACGCCGUAAUUGGACCAGAUUGGAGGAAUUUGACACACGAGGCGCUGGUGCACAUUUUCAGCUUCCUGCGCACUAAGGACAGGGGGCGGCUGGGCAAAGUCUGCAAGAGCUGGUAUCGGGCCUCAUGUGACCCGGGGUGCUGGGAGGAAGCAGAUACGUACGACUGCACGGGCCGCUACAGUCGCACCGCACGAGAAGCUGCUAGGGCUGUCGUGAUGCGUAGUCAGGGGCGGCUGAUUAGUCUGUCGGCGUGGGAGUGUGAUCAUAGCAUGCUGGAGUUCAUCGCUAACAACUGCCCGCGGCUUGAGCGUCUGGAAAUGGGUAAGUUCUCGAUGGGUAGAGACUGGAUUCAUUCUGUUGAGGCGGUUGGGAAUCGAUCCCUGAAUCUGCGCUCUCUGGAGCUUUCGUUCGACAACGUGUUCCGUAGACAGGGACCGGAUUUCAUCACUGAACUGGUCAAUCGACUGCCGAAGCUGACGACUCUGGCUCUUGAACACGCCUUCGUUGACGAUGAUCUGGUUAGGGUUAUUGCGGGUGGACUUGGUACUUUGGAGGUGUUGAAGCUGGGGGAGGCUAGCGUAACGAACGCAAGCUUGAGAGUCAUUGGGAGCAAACUGCUCUGCUUGAAGUUGCUAGAGGUGUACGGCUGCAGAUUCCUGACGAGAGCGGCCGUUAGCUCCUUACGAUUGGAACGGGAAGGGCUGCAAAUCUUGGCACGAGACUUCCGACCCAACUGAUGAUUGUGAUUGUCAGAUGACGUGUGCGUACUGUAUAUAGCAUCUGUCUCUUAUACACAUCUAGAUGUGUAUAAGAGAGGUGUAUAGUAUUUUGCAUGCGCAAUAUCAUUUAUUUAUUUAUUUUGACUUUUUUUUUUACCAUUCGGAUUUCCGGAAUAUCCUACCCCUCUGAUAAUUCAGUCAGAUAAUCCGACCUGAUUAUCUUGUCAUAUAACUCGUACUAGUACCUAAUUUUUUUGGACAUGCGGAUAAGUGAGUAGUUGAAUGAAGGACAAUCUUUUCA